AUGCCGAUGCACAACGGCUGGCUGCCGCGCGAGGGUCUCACCGCUGAUCCCGUUGGCCGCUUCAUCAAGAAAACAGCGCUCAAUCCAGCCGUCACGUUGGCCAUCCUGCUCCUCGCUCGGUACACUAAGAAAGGUUCUGACCUCUCCAUCCUACACGAGACCGCUAUCUCGCGCGUCCGUAAGCUAUUCUACUUCGGCCUUAUCCGCUGGGCAUCCGCAUACCUCGAUGCUGGUGUGUUGGAUAACUGGACAAAGGAUAACUAUGAUUGGAAUAAGGAAAUUGUGCUGGUUACUGGAGGAGCGGGAGGUAUUGGUGGAAAUGUUGUUCAGUUAUUAUCGGAAAGGGGGAUUCAGGUGGUUGUGUUAGAUGUGAUCCCUAUGACCUUCGAAACCGCAUCUAAUGUCUACUAUUACAAAUGCGACAUCACCUCCACCUCCACCAUCGCCACUGUGGCGGCGGAAAUACGGAAAGACGUCGGCGAGCCCACCAUCCUAAUCAAUAAUGCGGGUGUAGCCCGCGGAAAGAACAUCCUCGAGGCCACCGAGAAAGAUGUCCGCUUCACCUUCGAAGUCAACACACUAGCCCACUACUGGAUUACCAAAGAAUUCCUCCCCUCAAUGGUAAAGAAUAACCACGGCAUGGUCGUAACAGUCGCAUCACUCGCUGCUUUCAUCACGGUACCUAGCAUGGUUGAUUACGCUUCUUCCAAAGCAGCAGCGCAAUCUUUCCACGAGGGCCUUACCGCAGAGUUAAAAACGAGAUAUAAUGCGCCAAAAGUCCGAACGGUUAUUAUCAAUCAAGGUUACACCAAAACCCCGCUGUUUGAGGGGUAUAAUAAUGAUUCGCCCUUCCUCGUGCCGUCACUGCAACCCGAGACAGUGGCUGAAGCCAUCGUGAAGAAAGUGUUGACCGGGCAUAGUGGUCAGGUUAUUAUUCCAGGAUUCGGGGCGACGUUGACAUUCUUGAGGGGGUUUCCACAUUGGUAUCAGAAUCGACUGAGGAGUAAGGGGAAGGAUAUUAUGACGAAUUGGAAAGGGAGACAGGUUAUUGAUGUGGAUAGGUGGACGGCGGCUGGAGAGAAAGGGGAGGCCGGUGGGGAGGCUACCGAGUCCGCAGUUUUGGUGCAGCCAGGUAGCGAGUGA